ACCGCUUUCUCUUCUCUUCCGCGUCCGAACUGGGUUUUCUUUCCCCACAGGUGUCCAGUGGCCUCAGGACUCCGGAAAGUUUAGGACUGAACCUAUCCCAACAUCUAGAAAUGGGGGCCCUGGAAUUUGGGAGUCCUGGAGAGCUGCCCUUAGGGCUAUAGGUCGCUGACUUCUGUGUCUACUUCCUUUCCAAAGUUGAAGAUUCCCUCUCUGUCUCCUCAAAUUCAUUACUGUCCGAGGUGCCAUGACCCCCAAGCCAGAGGGUGAGUGGAGCACAGCCCUGUCCCAGGUGGUGUUGGGCGUGGUGUCCCUGCAUGCAGCUGUGAGCACUGCCCAGGCAAGUCGAGGGGCUGCCGCUGGCUUCCUGCUCCAGGCCUUGGCUGCUGCCACCAUGUUGGCCCCAGGGCUGGGCACACAGGAAGACUGUCUUGCUGGAGCCUGGGUGGCUACCGUCAUCGGCCUGCCCCUUCUGGCCUUCGAUUUCCACUGGUGUACUAACGGUCACUUGAUGUGCGCUGGCUGUUUUAUCCACCUACUAGCAGAUGCCCGGCUGAAGGAGGAGCAGGCCACAUGCCCCAACUGUCGUUGUGAGAUCAGUAAGAGCCUCUGCUGCCGGAACCUGGCCGUGGAGAAAGCCGUGAGCGAGCUACCCUCAGAGUGUGGCUUCUGCCUGCGCCAGUUUCCCCGCUCCCUCCUUGAGAGGCACCAGAAGGAGGAAUGCCAGGACAGGGUGACUCAGUGCAAGUACAAGCGCAUCGGCUGCCCGUGGCACGGCCCCUUCCACGAGCUGACGGUGCACGAGGCUGCCUGUGCCCACCCAACCAAGACAGGCAACGAGCUGAUGGAGAUCCUGGAUGAGAUGGACCAGAGCCACCGCAAGGAGAUGCAGCUCUACAACAGCAUCUUCAGCUUGCUUAGCUUCGAGAAGAUCGGCUACACAGAGGUUCAGUUCCGGCCAUACCGCACAGAUGACUUCAUCACACGCCUGUACUAUGAGACACCGAGGUUCACGGUGCUCAACCAGACGUGGGUCCUGAAGGCUCGUGUGAAUGACUCGGAGCGCAACCCCAACCUGUCGUGCAAGCGCACGCUCUCCUUCCAGCUCCUCCUCAAGAGCAAGGUCACGGCACCCCUGGAGUGCUCCUUCCUGCUGCUCAAGGGCCCCUAUGAUGACGUGCGGAUCAGUCCUGUCAUCUACCACUUUGUCUUCACCAAUGAGAGCAAUGAGACGGACUAUGUGCCGCUGCCCAUCAUCGACUCCGUGGAGUGCAACAAGCUGCUGGCUGCCAAGAACAUCAACCUGCGGCUCUUCCUGUUCCAGAUACAGAAGUAGGAUGGGGCCCUGGGACGCCUGCGGAGCAGAUGGGCAGCAGCCUGGCCACCGCCCUGUCUGCCACGUCCACCUUGGUGCGGUAGUGGCUUCACACGACCAUGCAACCAUCUUAGGAAAGGAGAAGAAACAAAACCAAACACUGGGAAAGUCUGCAUGCGUGUGCGACAGGGUCCCCUCCUCCGCACACCUCCUCCACCCCUGCCUACCCUCCUCCCAGGGGCAGCUGGAGGCUGGGCUGACCCGCCGAGGAAACUGCGCUGGGCACCCCGCAGGCUCAGGGAUGGCAGUAAUACGGAGGCUGGAAGCACAGUGGCCCCUGGCUGGCCCGUCGCACAGCAAGGCGGCGCUGCCUGCCCUGGUUCCAUGCACGGCUCCUGGGCCGGGCUCAGGGCCUUGCCGACUCCAGACGUCAUAUUUGAUUGCAAUUAAAAAGGCAGCCUUGUUUCCUA